CUAUCGAACCGUGGCUUUUCAGCAUUCCUGCAGACGGUCACUCUACGGGAGUCGCGACCAAAUAAAAACGUAAAUAAAUGAUUGAAAUUAAGGCGAAACUGCUACGUGCGGACUCGGCCAUCUACGCCACGGGCGAGAGAGUCGAGUGCCUGAUCGAGUUCACCCACAAGGUCUUGUCCGACGAGACAGCCGCGUCGCAGGCUGGCCGCAAUGCCAACGAAGCAAGUAGCCAGGAGAACCUGGCCUGGGCCUCGGCGCAGCUGCACUGCUACCGGAAAACCAGCUACUCCACCUCCUCGGGCGACCGAGCCGCUGAGCUCACGGAGAUGAUCGGCAGGACGGCCUUGGAUGCGGUGACGCAGGCGCCGGGCGAGGUGAUUGUGGCCACCAAGCCCAAGAUCCUCUUUUGCGACCUGCGCCUCCAGCCCGGAGAGACCAAGAUGUACUUUUUCAAUGAAUUCGUUCCUCGCGAUGGCCCGCCCACGUACAGAGGCCACAACAUUCGCUACUUCUACAAGAUCACCAUUGCUACCCAACGAGUCAAGUCCAAGGUGCAAACGCUGGCCGUUCCCAUCCGUGUAUUGCCCAUUCCCAUAAUUUCGCGGCCCGACGAGCUUCCCGUAACUGUAGAGACAAACGAGGAGCUAGCGCCCACAAACCCUUUCCUGGAGAAGCGCGAGAUCAGCGAGCUGGAGAUAUCCUGGCACCACCUUAAGAACGUAACCGCUCGGCGGGCGCCCAAGUUCUAUCGGAUCUCGAACAAACGCGGCUUCGUUGGCCGCUUUUGUUUGUUCAAGCCAGCCUAUAAACUCGGCGAGGACAUUGUGGGUAGCCUGGACUUUGAUCCCGGCGUAAACCCCCGAAAGGUGCGCUGCGUCCAGUUUUCGGUAAAGCUGCAGCAGCAGGAGCUUUCCAUCCGACCGCAACCAGUGCAAAAUCACCAGCUGCAGACGCAAUCCUCGACGGGCGAUGAUGUCUCCUCCAUCAACUCCUUUGAUAUGGCCAGCAUAGCUAGCGGAGUGGUGGCAGAUAACCUCCACAAGUCGGCCACAUCGGCGAGUUCAAGGGAUAAGGAGGCGCCUGAGCCAACCGGGAAACUUUCGACCAUUUCCACCUCCCACCAAGUGUGCUACGCAACGUUGCAGACCCAGGUCGUGGUACCCAUUCCGCUGCACGUAACACCCACAUUCCGCACAGACCUCGUCGACGUGCGAUGGCGAUUGCAUUUCGAGUUUGUGACCACCACUUUGAUGGACUUUGGCAUUCCGAAUCCGGAGUCCGGCGAGCUAAAAGCACCGGCCGAAAUGCCCGUGGAGACGAUGGUGUGGAAUCUGCCCGUGACCGUCUACGCUGCGAAUCCUCUCCAGAUUUAUGCUCCAAACCAGACAUUCAACCUGCUUAUAAAGUAAUGGCACUUCUCUUCACUGUUGCGAUACAGAAUUGGUUGACCAAAUUUUAAGUAAUUGCGUAUUCGUUCUCUUAAUGGAAGUAAUUAUUAAGAAUUAUUGUAUUAAAAUAUAGGAGAACUCAUCAAAAUGUUAUCUCA